AUGACAUAUCAAAGCGAUUCGGAGGACGACUUAUUCGUCCACAGUAUGAGCUUGAAAAAAGCGCAAGCACUAAUAGAUAACUCUCAUUCUCAUCAAGUUAUUACUCUUGCUAGCUGUGGUAAAAAAGUUGGGGUCUGUGAAGUUGGAGAUCCAGAAGGUUAUCCUGUGCUUUGGCUUACAGGAAACAUGGGUCCAGCAAUAUCAAUCCUUCUAUAUCACAAUCUUGCAAAACGACACCAUAUCCGUCUAAUUUCGGUGGAUAGACCUGGCUAUAAUGAUAGUGAUGAUAUUUAUUCAAGAUGCGGAGUUCCAGACUUAUUUGAAUUUGCUGAUAUGAUCAACGAAUUGACUCUGAUACUAGGAAUGUGGCAAUUUGGUGUGGCGACUUUUUCGCUGGGCGCCGUUUAUGGCUUAGCCUAUUCACUUAAAUUCCCAGAGAGAAUUAAAGGUCCGGUAUUUACGAUUAGUCCUUGGGUGUCAACUAGUACACCAGGUCAUUUACUUUAUUAUAAAGGCAUCGCAAAAUUUGCCCCAAAUUUCUUGAUUCGUACGACAUUGAGCACCCUACCGCAUAUGUCUAACUUUUUUAAUAUGUGGAUCGAAAGCAUGAUGAGUACCAUAUCUCCAGGUCGUAGUUAUUUACAUAAAAAGAUUUAUCAAAAUGGAUUAUGGAAUCUACAAAAUCGUACUGGUGCACAUAUCGAUGCUAUGGUAGCGUUAGAAAAAGUUGAUUGGGGUUAUAAAUAUGAAGAUACUACGUAUCCGAUUCAAGCUUUUGUAGGUGAACAAGAUGAUAAUGUUCCGUUACAAGCAUGGACGUAUAUGAGUAGCAAAAUGAAUAAUUUAAAAUUAAAUGUUGUUAAGGACGGUGGCCAUUAUUUGUUGUAUAGAAUGGAUUUCAUGGAAGAGUUAUUUACAACAAUCGAGGCCACGUGA